UCAAAGGUAAAAGGUAAUAGUUCAGAAGGGGAAGUAAUAUUUUUAACACCUUGUUGUACCUUGGCUUGUGAUUUCGUACUUGAUUCAAUCUAUUCAAGAAUGACUACUGAAGAAAAAAUAGCAAAAAUUAAGCAGUGCAUAACUGAUCACCCAGAUUUCCCCAAACCUGGUGUAUUAUUUUGGGACAUAUUUCCAGUUUUAAGAGAUGCGUCUGUGUUUAAAAUGUUGACAGAUGUUCUUGUGGACCAUGUUAAAUCAAAAAGCCCUAAUGUGGAAGUAAUAGUUGGAUUAGAUUCCAGGGGCUUUCUUUUUGGACCAAUCAUGGCACAGGAACUUGGCAUUAGUUUUGUUCCUGUAAGAAAAGCUGGGAAACUUCCUGGGGAGACAUUUCAAGUUACUUACUCACUAGAAUAUGGUCAGGAUAAGUUUGAAAUACAGAAGGAUUCAAUAAAGCCUGGAGCUAAGGUUGUAAUAGUUGAUGAUUUACUAGCUACUGGCGGUACAAUGAAAGCUGCUUGUGAGCUACUUGAAAAAGCUUCUGGAGAUGUGUUAGAUUGUUUAGUUGUUAUAGAGCUAAGUGAUUUGAAAGGGAGAGACAGAAUUUCUAAAACAUUGUCAUCGCUGAUACAGUAUUAAUCCAUGAUUAUCACUUUCUUUAUAUUCCUGAAUGAUUUAGAAGUGUAUCUGACAGGAUAAAUCCACAAACUAUCUUCUUUUCUAGUCUACUUAUGCAAUAAAUGUCAGAACAGGUUCUAAAUUAAAAAUUCAUCAUCAAAGACAGAUUCACUGCUAAUUCAUAAAUGUUCUUAUAAGAUAUAUGUAAUCUUUUGGUCAAAUUUGUGAUUGCUACAUCAUAACAAACGAAACAUGCAAUGUACUGGUAAAUUUAAAAUUACAUGUGGUCCUAUGCUUGCUUGUUUUAUCUUAUUAAAGACAAUGAUAUUUAUUUUUUUGGUUGUAAAACAUAGAAAAAGAAAUCAUGAACUUCAUGCAAUCUUAUUAAAAUAAGUUCUCAUCACUUGCUUCUCAAUUUUUUAUAUGUCGCCGUGCACACAGCGACAUAUAAAAUAUCGAGGAGCAAGUGAUGAGAACUUAUUUUAAUAAGAUUGGACCUUCAUGAUAAAUAACUUUUUAUACCUGACAUUUCAUGUCUUAAUAAUAUAUGUUUGAAUCAUGAGGCCCCUCAUGGUGGUAUUCAAAGUAAUCACACAAUCACAUUUUUUUUGUCAAUAUAAUCAAAUAAUCAUUAAUUAAUUUUUUAAACAAGAUAAUCAAAUUUUCAAUAAUACAGUCUUAGAUGAUCAAAUAAUUCAGUAAUCAUGAAAUAUCUUGACUGAUAAUCAAAUAAUCAUGGCCAGGUAAUCAUCUAAUCAUAAACCCCACAAGGAGCCUCAAUCAUACACAAAUGUGAUUUAACUUGCAUUUAUAUUUUCCAUCUGUAAGUCUAUAUUUUAUUUAAUGAAUGGCUAU